GCGUGUGUGCUUGUGUCGGAUGGGACGUGUUGAAAACUAUAACGAAGAGAACUUGAUACAGUGAUAGUACCAACUUUAUUCUACUCUCGUCGAUAUUCUCUUCACUCUGACCUCUAUCUAGUAACAGCUUCAGACAAUUAACAUUACCCAUUCCAUUUGCCGUGUCGUAUUACAUCGCAUCUCACUAACAUACUCAUUUAAUUCUGCCUUCGUCGUCGCUCAACUCUGCACCACAAUUCUGCAAGCAAUAGAGAUACAUUCAACGAGAUAAUCGGCUUUGUGCUCUGCUGUGCUGCGCUAGACGCUUGCUCUUCUUCGGUCAUGUCAUGGCCUAGCCGUCGGGAUUUAAGGCGAGAAAUGGGAUUGAACGAUAAGGACUGGAAACAAGCAUCAUUUCUUGAGACGAUGCUCUUAUAUCUUGACUGUCAGCGAAAGAAUGGGAUCAAUGAAAAACAUGCAUACUAUUCUGCUGUGGCAUGGGAGAUGUUCAAAUAUGUGUUUCGCACAGGCGAUGGUCAUUGGUACGAUGCGAGUCGCAAGGCGAUGUGGUGUUUAGUGGGCAAGGUUAGUAUUCAACUCAUUCAAUAUGAAUACUUCGCUCCACUUCUUGCAUAGCACCUUCUUCAAAAUUCGCAUCAUUCUAACAACCAUUCAUUCACAGUCACCAAAACGACGACGAUCCACCAACCUCGAAGUCCGGAUAACGUAUUAUAUCUUGCAAGAACGUCGCUAUUUGUACAUCUUUUCAAAACUGAAAGGAGAGCCGGAAGAGAGAUGCCUUGAGAUUAAUAUGUUGGAUCCCCAGCAGAGAAAGUUCUUUGUAGACAUAGUACCGUGGGCAGCAAAGAAACAUCCACUUGUUCCGCCGAAACAUGCCGCAGUGCGAAGGGUUAUGGAACUGGAUAUCAAGAAAGAACGGAAACACAACAGAUAUCUUCGGGCGAGAAGAAGAGCACAGAAUACGAAUGGACCGAGUCCUCUUAGAAAUAUAUUGAAUCAGGCAUAGUUUCUACAUCGUUUGAUGUAUCUAAUAUGUAUGUAUUCACGGUAUGAGCAUCCGUUGUGAAACGAGGUGUUUUUGCGCAGUCUACACUGUUGGGACAGCCCCAGCGAGCCUAGCGUAAUAUUUACCUCACACUCUGGAAUGUAUCUAGACUUACUGAUCACGAGGCCCCCAUAGUCCAAGAAAUUUACCCACAUAUGGAGUAUACUGCACAUCGGCUUCAUUGCCGGGUUCUUGUAGGAGAGCCGGCAAUUGUGCACCUGGAUUUAGUAAUUAAUUGCACGACAUAAUCUUCCAAUCAGCUUAAUUGUAUCCAACACUACCUGGAAGUGACCUCGACUUCCAUCCGCGAUCUCACCUAUCGAUUGCCUUGACAUAAGCCAUUAGUUGCCCGACAAAACUUACGAAGUCUCUGGUUUUUCUCCACUUGGAGUGUACCGUGACAGAAAAGCGGAAUGACGAUUUAUAAAUUGGCGUUAGAAACAAGAAAAAACAAGCAAGAAUCUCAAGUAUCGUUUGCGGAAGUUGCAUUUGAGGAGGUGAAGAAGUUCGUUCAAACUUCAACUUUAGUAGGGCAGCUAUUGAGUGUACAAGCGAGGAUGUGCGAGGAUGAGGUUAUUACACCGCUAGGCUUGUAACUUGGCAACUAUUGGUUGCUAAGAAACCAUUCUCUCAAAUGGAACUUCACUACACCAGUCACUUUUAUGGGUAGUUGAUGCGUAGGUAGCUUGUUGUCCAUCAGGGUUUUAAAUAGUAGACUUGCUGUUCCGAAUCUCUUGAUAAUAUCUGAUUCUCACAUAAGGGCACUGAUUUUCUCGAAAUAUGCAUCCCAAUCG